AUGGCGGAUAAGCUUCUGCAGGAUGUCUAUCGCAAGAUAGAGCGUGAGAAGGUCCUGAUGAACGGUGCUCGCGCUAUGCGUAGCUCUACCGACAAUGCAGCCGUUCAACAGCGACUCGAUAGUCAGAUCCGUGAAUCACAAAGGAACUUGAGUUAUCUAGAGGAUCGUUAUACUGAGCUGCAGAACCGGGUUAUGCAGACGGGUAUGGAAGGGAUGAGUAUGAAUGAUGGAGGAAAUUAUGGGGGGUACCAACAACCUCUGGCUCCCCCGAAUCCACCGUUUGCUAGCCAACAACCGAGAACUAAAACAAACUACUCGAAACUUGAUCUCAUCAAAUAUGAUACUCCACAUCUUGGGCCCCGCAUUCAAUUGAUGUUAUCGCAAUUAGAAUUCAAACUAAGCGUGGAGAAACAGUAUAAAGAAGGAAUUGAAAAAAUGGUAAAGCUUUAUCAGCUUGAAGGAGAUCGUAAAAGCAGACAAGAUGCCGAGAGCAAACGGAUAGAAAGUGCCCAGAAAAUCCAGUUGUUGAAACAGGCGUUGAAGCGAUACGAAGAUCUUCACGUUGAUAUGGAUUUUGGCGACGAGGCAGAUGAUGACAGUAUAAAUGCUCCUAAUAUCCGCCGCCCUCUUACUGGUCGCCUGAGAAUCCGUGUUCUCGCUGUGAAGGACGUUGACCAUGCGACCACUUCACGAUUCGCCAGAGGACCUGAAACCUUUGUGAUAAUUAAAGUUGAAGAUGUUGUACGUGUUAGAACAAAGUCGACCAGGAACGACAAGUGGCUUGACGAAAACCAUGAUAUUGAUGUGGACAAAGCCAAUGAGGUCGAGAUGACAAUUUACGACAAGCCAGCAGAUCAUCCGAUGCCGAUUGGUCUGUUGUGGAUCCGGAUAUCCGAUAUUGCUGAGGACUUGAGAAGAAAAAAAGUAGAGCAAGAAAUCUCCGGCUCUGGGUGGGUGAGUGCGGAAACGAUGGAAAACAGCGGACCCAGGCCGAACGAGAGUCAAUACGCGUCCAACACCGGAGGACUUCCUGGCCCUGCAGCUGCAGGAGCUGGGGGAGCCGGAUUAUAUGCCAACACUACAGGGCGUCCUCAACCAACUCAGCAACCCGGAGAAGUGUGUAUUGAUGCAUGGUUUGCAUUGGAACCUGUUGGACAAGUUCACCUCUCAUUAAGCUUUGCCAAAUUUAACCAGAACAAGCGUCCGCUGGAUCUUGGACUUGGAAGAAAAGGUGCUGUUCGUGCGCGCAAAGAAGAGGUUCACGAAAUGUAUGGCCAUAAGUUUGUGCAACAGCAGUUCUACAACAUCAUGCGUUGUGCGCUUUGCAGCGAUUUUCUCAAGUAUUCGACAGGUAUGCAAUGUUCGGAUUGCAAGUACACUUGCCACAAAAAGUGCUAUCCAAAGGUCGUCACAAAGUGCAUAUCAAAGUCAAAUACCGAGUCCGACCCAGAGGAAGAGAAACUCAAUCAUCGUAUCCCACACAGAUUCGAGCCUAUGACUAACAUGGGCGCCAAUUGGUGCUGUCACUGUGGUUACAUGCUACCUGUUGGGAAAAAGAAUUCGCGCAAAUGCUCAGAAUGCGCUCUCACUUGUCACGCUCAGUGUGCGCAUCUGGUUCCUGAUUUCUGUGGUAUGUCCAUGGAAGUCGCGAAUCAAAUCCUCUAUGAGAUGAAAAAAAUGAGAAAGAAGUCAACUUUGAUGGACAAUACCAAGCCCCCAUCAUCGCCAUUGGCCCAGAGACCACAAAGCGACCCAUAUGGUGCUGGAUUGGACUCAAGAAAUUCAAUCCAGAAAGAACCACAGCGUCAGAGUCAACCUGCAUAUGGUGCGCCAUCUUCACCAUCGGCCGUAUCAGCAGCAACUGCUGCAUACGGUGCUUCUCAAUCACCAACCCGUUUAUCACAGCAACAGCAAGCUUACCCGCAGCAGCAACAACAGCGUCCCCCGCAACAAAGGACAGAUUCUACAACUGCGGCAGCUGCAGCGCUGGCUGCCCAGCGCCCACCGUCAGUUCCGUCAUCCCCUGGUACAUAUGGAAGGCAAUCUGCAGACUAUUAUAAUCCACAAGCGUCUCGCAUGUCAGGGGCUCCAGCGUCGCCGGUUGCCCAAAAGCCACCCAUGAGUGAAUUGCAAGGCUCGUAUGGACAAAGCUCAGACUAUCCAAAUCCUUAUGCCCAACAGGCCCAGCAGCCACAGGCGCCCCAAAAAUCGUCACCGCCUCCAUCACAAUCUCCGUAUGAGCACCAGGAACCUCCUAUUCCGCAUCAACAAUCCUACCCCGAGCCCGUACCAGCCCAGCAGCAGCAGCAGCAGCAGCAGCAGCAGCAGCAGCAACAACAGCCGAAGCAACAGCAACAGCAACAGCAACAACAGCCGCAACAACCACAACAGGUACAACAGCCACCACAAACGCAGAUCGCUACAUUUCCACCAAAAGGUGCACCUCCUAGUGCUGCAUCGCGGCCGCAAAAGAUAGGGCUGGAUCAUUUCAACUUCCUUGCUGUUCUCGGGAAAGGUAAUUUCGGUAAAGUGAUGUUGGCGGAAACCAAAGGAACAAAGAAGCUGUAUGCCAUCAAGGUUUUGAAGAAGGAGUUUAUCAUUGAAAAUGACGAAGUCGAAAGUACGAGAUCCGAAAAGCGGGUUUUCUUGGUGGCCAAUAAGGAGCGCCAUCCUUUUCUACUCAAUUUACAUGCCUGCUUUCAGACCGAAACACGCGUAUACUUCGUCAUGGAAUAUAUCAGUGGAGGAGAUCUGAUGCUGCAUAUCCAGAGAGAGCAAUUUGGAGCAAAGAGGGCGCAGUUUUACGCAGCUGAGGUUUGCUUGGCGUUGAAGUACUUCCAUGAGAACGGAGUUAUAUACCGUGAUUUGAAGCUCGAUAAUAUUCUUCUUACACUUGAUGGGCACAUCAAGAUUGCAGAUUAUGGGCUAUGCAAGGAGAAUAUGUGGUACGGUUCUACCACAAGCACAUUUUGUGGUACUCCUGAGUUUAUGGCUCCCGAGAUUCUUAUGGACAAGCGCUACGGUCGUGCAGUUGAUUGGUGGGCAUUUGGGGUUUUGAUCUACCAGAUGUUGCUCCAGCAAUCGCCAUUCCGAGGCGAGGAUGAAGAUGAGAUCUACGAUGCCAUUCUUGCUGAUGAGCCGCUAUAUCCGAUUCACAUGCCGCGUGACUCAGUAUCAAUCCUGCAGAAACUGUUGACAAGGGAACCCGAGUUGCGUCUGGGUUCUGGCCCCACAGAUGCACAGGAAAUUAUGUCUCACGCAUUCUUCAACUCUGUGAAUUGGGAGGAUAUUUACCAUAAGAGAAUACCGCCACCAUUCAAACCUCAGAUCACUUCUGCCACCGACACAUCCAAUUUCGACCAGGAGUUUACUAGUGUUACCCCUGUUUUGACACCUGUGCAUUCUGUUCUCACUCAAGCUAUGCAAGAGGAGUUCCGCGGGUUUUCUUACGUGCAUGAUUUUGUUUAA